AUGAUAUCCUACACACUCGUCCCCGCCACUUCAAGCCCACCAAACACAAAGUCCUACCGCGUGAUCAACGACAUGCCUCAAAUUCCCAAAGCCGUUCACGACGCCAAAGUCACUAUCGAAAUCGAACUCACAGAUUUUGAAAACGGAGUCGAGGCUUUGGUUCAUGCCCCGCUUGGAAUUGUUCAAAAGGGAGACUGGAAGAUAGAGGGAAAAGAGGGUGAAUUGGUGUUGGUUGUUAAAAUGGAGAUAUCUUGUUCGCGUCUACUGAUGGGAAUUACGAAGGGAAAGGCUGAAAGUAAUCAUCCUUUGAUGGGGAACUCUUUCAAGGAAGUAUUGAAAACUGAGGAGCUCGGUUAG